AGUAUCUCUGAGAAUAAUGUCGUUUGGAAUUGGAAUAAUAGUGCCAAUGCUAUCAACAAAAUAAAUCUUUGCAACGUUCAAGUUCACCCUUUCGAUUCUCAUAUGGACGUUUUUACUGAAAGUAACGACAGUUAUGUUAUCUAA